GAUUCUCUCUGUGCAAAUAGCACUUAUUCAGCCCAUCCUGGCAUCCAAUUCAUCCUCUUCUUCCAAGCGCUCGUUGCUGGAUUUGCUUUGUGAACAGGAGGCUCUUGAAACUACUGUUAUUCAUCCAAGGAAGAAACCUACUAGGGUGAACUCGACUUCCGAUUCAUCUUGUCUUGUUACUCGUACUAUUCCUCCCUAUAACUCAUUGCACAUGAGUCCUCAUCUGCCUUGUUCCACUGCAAACGAUCUAUCCGACUCCAUGGAUUCAAAAACUAUCACAUCCGAAUCUAAUGGAUCCUCUCGUCAUACUAUGAGUGAAUCCAAUAUACUUGAUGCUCUUCAUAGCAUACAACCCAAUCUGGAUGCUGGAUGGAAAACUAAACGACAAAAGGAAAUGGUUCGACUGAUGCUACAGAGUCUCACUCAACUUGGUUAUAGUCAUACUGCACUCUGCUUACAACAAGAAUCCGGUUUGGUUUUGGAAUCCCCUUCCAUGAGUCAGUUUAGAAAGGCUGUUUUGGUCGGUGAUUGGGAUCUUGUCGAGCGACUCAUCCCUUUAAUCGAAAUGGUGCCUCGAACUGGUCAAUCUCAGGUGUGGUUUCUUGUUAAAAAGCAAAAGUAUUUGGAGUUUCUUGAACGUCACGACCCAAAACGUGCUCUUUCAGUUCUUCGCAACGAACUCUCUCCCCUCAGUGUAUCUAGAGCACAAAUUCAUGAACUAUCCAGUUAUAUGAUAUGCUCAUCCUUUAAUGAGCUUAAACAAAAGUCCAAUUGGACUGGCGUGUCUGGGAAAUCCAGGGAGAAAUUGCUAGAUUCACUACAGGCACACAUAUCCCCUUCCAUGAUGAUUCCCAACAAAAGAUUAGAAAAUCUGAUGGAUCAAGCUGUUCAACUCCAAGUUUCAGAAUGUUUAUACCAUAAUUCGCUUAAUGAGAAUAUAUCUCUUUAUGCCAACCACAUGUGUGAAAGAGAUGAUUUUCCGGUCACAACAACGCAUAUUUUGGAAGAGCAUACAGACGAGGUUUGGUUUUUGGCAUAUUCUCCUGAUGGUUCCAUGCUUGCAUCUGCAUCCAAAGAUGCUCGUGCAAUCAUUUGGGAUGCUCAACAAUUGAAAUAUACGUUUAUUUUGGAAGAACAUCGUGAAGCCGUUUCAUUUCUUUCAUGGAGACCAGAUAGCAGCAUGCUUUUGACAGCAUCCAACGAUCAUACUCUUAAGCUAUGGAAUGCCAAGACUGGAGCAUGUGAGCAUACGUUUGUCCGACACACUGAGCCAGUCACUUCAUGCGCAUGGCUGCCUAAUGGAGAGUGUUUUGUUUCUGGUAGUCUGGAUAAAAACAUUUAUCUUUGGAAUCUUGGCGGAGAUAUCCUAUACAAAUGGACAGGCGUGCGUAUCAUGGAUCUUACCGUCUCAAUUGAUGGCAGUACGCUGAUUGCAUCGUCUGACAAAAAGAUUCGAUUGUAUGAUUUAAACCUUCGACACGAGAUUGGCACUUUGCAAGAAAAUGACUCGAUCACAUCUGUGUAUGUGGCAAGUGAUGGCAAGCAUUUGCUGGUCAAUUUAGCUAUUCAGGAAAUUCAUCUGUGGAGUCUGGAACAUAAACGGCUGGUGAGAAAGUAUGUAGGACAAAAGCAAGGCCGGUUUGUCAUUCGCUCUUGCUUUGGAGGUAUACACGAUAAUUUUAUCUUGAGUGGUAGUGAAGAUUCGCAAGUCUAUAUCUGGCACGCCGAGUCUGGCAAAUUGAUGGAAACGCUUGAAGGCCAUGCGGGAUGUGUCAAUUGUGUCAGCUGGAAUCCGACUGAGCCAGCAUUUGCUUCUGCAUCAGAUGAUAAUACCAUCCGAAUUUGGGAGAGUUUAGGAAGCAAAUCGAACCCUGCUUAAUUCAUCCCAAUAUCUUGUAUCUCACUUUUAAUCACAAAGUUUUACAGAUGGAUUUCUUUGUUGCAAAUGGCUUUGUUUUGAAUGUAUCCAGUCUAGUUUAAAUUUUUGAUAUAAUUCUGUUUUAGAAUGUCACCCUUCUAUAUUUCAGACUGAUACUCUAGCUCAUUUAUACUGGCAAAUAAACAUUGAUUCCUUUUUU